AUGACCGUCUUUCCAACUCAGCUUCUCGCUCUGGCUUCAGCCCUUCCUGUGGCCCUGGCAUGUCUGGGCUACGAGGGCGGGCUGCCUACACCCACAGCAUCACAUUCGAUCUCAUCUCCUAUCACAGUGAAGUCGGGUGAGGUUUUUGACUGUGGCUGGGCCAAGUACGAUCGCGGCUCAGGCGCGUGCAAGGACGGCGAGGGCGGCGAUGCCGACGCUGUAUUCCUGGUGCAGGCCGGCGGCACGCUACAGAACUGUAUCAUUGGGAAAAAUCAGAUGGAGGGAGUCCAUUGUUUGGGUGCUUGUACCCUCAACUUCAUCUGGUUUGAGGAUGUCUGCGAAGAUGCCAUCACUAUUAAAGGAGAUAAGGCCGGCCAAGAAUCCUGGAUCGUUGGAGGUGGAGCAUACAAAGCGAGUGACAAGAUUGUUCAACACAAUGGCUGUGGCACCGUGAACAUCAUCAACUUCUACGCGAACGACUACGGGAAAGUCUACAGGUCGUGCGGAAACUGCUCCAGCCAAUGCAAGCGCAAUGUCUACAUCGAGGGCACCACAGCUUAUGGUGGAGGAGAGGUCUGCGGCAUCAACUCCAACUACGGUGAUACUUGCACCCUGAAGAACGUCUGCACCGACGCCGCUCACCCAUGCACCUUGUACAAUGGUUGCAGCAACAGCUGCGAGCCAUCAAAAGUUGGUUACUGCUCAGGUUGA